AUGCCCGCUACAAUCUACGUUCCUUCUUCUCGGCCAGAUACUCCCAGCAAUGCGCCAGGACAUAUUCUAACUCAGUCUUCAAGCACUACUACCAAUGCAUUCAAGUCUGAUUCAGAAUUACGAACAGUUGAUGCGUUGGUACGCCAACGGGCUAUCUCCUAUCCCGAAGAUCACAUUGUCUCAUACCCGAGAUCAGGUAUCGACUUCAUAGAUUACAACUUACGAGAACUUGAUGUUUUUGCUUGGAGAGCGGCAAAUCGAUAUGCGCAAUAUGUUCCCGCGCGAAAGUCUUCUCAAGAAAAGCCGCGUGUGGUAGCGCUCUUGGGUCUGUCAAACUUUGAGUAUCUCAUAACCUUGUUAGCUUUGACAAAGCUCGGACAUACGGUUUUGCUUGUUUCAACAAGAAUCACAGGGGAAGCUGUUGAAUCACUCAUAAAUGCCACAUCAGCGGCUACAAUUAUUGCUGAUAAGAGGCAUAUCAAUACCGCCAAAGCAGUCCAGGGGCUAGUGCCCUCCCUACAGCUCCUUGACAUUGUUGACCGUGCGGUAUUUGAGUACUCUAUUGAGGCUCAUGGCGAUACUCAGCUGGAUUCUCAGCUGGAUGCCGAGAUUGAGACCCAAAACAUCGCUUUCAUAAUUCACUCUAGCGGGUCAACUGGGCAUCCAAAGCCGAUAUACCAGUCUCACAAGUCAUGCCUUGCAAAUUACUCCGUGAGCAUGAACAUGAGAUCGUUCAUUACAUUGCCGUUGUUUCACAAUCAUGGUAUUUGCAACUUCUUUCGAGCAUUGCACAGCCGGAAGUCAAUUCAUCUCUAUAACGCUGAGCUUCCAUUAACGCAAGACUACCUGCUCAAAAUCAUGCAAGGAAAUAAUUUUGAGAUAUUCUAUGGUGUUCCGUAUGCGCUCAAGCUCCUCUCGGAGACACAGAAAGGCAUUAGUGUCCUUCAGGAAUUGAAGGUUGUGAUGUAUGGCGGCUCAGCCUGUCCAGAUGAUCUCGGGAACCUGCUUGUUGAGAAUGGAGUCAACUUAAUUGGCCACUACGGCGCGACAGAAGUUGGGCAACUGAUGACCUCUUUCCGAGCCGAGGGCGAUAAAGAGUGGAAUUAUGUGCGAGAGAGUGAGAAACUAUCCAAGUUCUUGCAAUGGGUUCCACGCGGCCCAAACCUAUAUGAAUGCGUUGUAUUGGAUGGCUGGCCAUCUAAGGUGCAAUCUAACCAGCCCGACGGCUCUUAUGCCACCAAAGACCUAUUCCAGCCUCAUCCAAGUAUUCCUCGAGCAUGGAAAUACAUUGCCCGCCUCGAUGACACCAUAGUUCUUGUGAACGGCGAGAAAUUCAAUCCUGUAAUGAUGGAGGGAAAGAUACGAUCCAACAAAAAUGUUGCUGAGGCUGUCGUAUUUGGUGCAGGCCGAGCGCAUUUGGGGAUGCUGCUUAUUCCGGCUGCACGAUUGGCCGCUCGUACUAAUGAGGAGAUUCUCGAUACGAUUUGGCCAGUCAUUGAAUCGGCAAACAAAUCUGCGGAUGCAUUUGCUCGAAUCUCGCGCAACAUGAUUCGAGUAUUGCCACACGAUUGUUCAUAUCCUCGAACAGACAAAGGGAGCAUAAUCCGCCAGGCUUUUUAUAAGCAAUUUCAGCAAGAGAUUGAAGAGACAUAUGAUCUUGCCGACACUGUGUCUGGAGAGCUUGUGCAGCUUGACCUCCCAGAGCUUCGCCAGUUUUUGAGAGGUUUGCUUGAGAAGACCGCUGGUUCACCGACAGCCAUUGCAGACGAUGACGACUUUUUUGUGUUGGGUCUGGACUCUCUGCAAGCUAUCCAAAUGAGAAGUGAGAUACUGAGGACAGUUGACAUUGGUGGAAAUAAACUUGGACAACAAAUCGUGUUUGAACAGCCUUCGAUCAAUAGGUUGAGCUCUUUCUUACUUAGCCUCCGAAUGGGUGGUGGUAAGAAUGAGGAGCCAUCGAUCGAACAGCAGAUGGAAAGUCUCGUGGCGCAGUAUUCGAAUGCGUUUGUGUCCAAACCUUCCAGGUCAACCAUAGUUGUUACGGGAGCUACCGGUUCUCUGGGAGCCCAUGUGGUUGCAAAAUUAGCCUCUCGACCAGAUAUUGGCCGCAUCUACUGCCUUGUCCGGGCUGAUGAUUCAUCUCAUGGUCACAAACGAGUUGUGAGCUCGAUGAUACAGAGAAGGGUACACCAUUCAUUAUCACUGUCUUCUCGGCGCAAGGUCGUGGUCCUACCCUCCGACCUAGGCGAACCGGAUCUUGGACUUUCCAAGACAACCUAUGAGACAAUAACGGAAGAAUUGUCUGCCGUUAUCCAUUGUGCUUGGUCAGUCAACUUUAAUAUGCAUUUAUCGAGCUUCGAAAAGGGCAAUAUUGCAGGUGUAUCUCACCUCAUAUCUCUCUGUCAAGCCGCGCAGCCGCCAGCAACAAUGAACUUUUGUUCAUCUGUCAGUACAUGUUCACAGGCGACAGUUAUCCCAGUACCUGAACGCUCUCCGGACUUUGCAUGGGCUCAGAACAUGGGAUAUGCACAGUCUAAGUCGGUAGCUGAGCAUAUCUGUGCCAAGGCCUCGUCUCAAGGUGUUACGGCUCGCGUGCUGCGCGUCGGACAAAUCAUCGGGGAUACAGAGCACGGUGUCUGGAAUGCUCAGGAAGCAGUACCUAUGAUGAUGCAAACUGCAAUCACGAUAGGAGUACUACCAAAACUCCAAGAAACGCCAUCAUGGUUACCUGUUGAUGUUGUAGCAGACGCUGUCACAGACAUAUCGCUUUCGACUGCAGGCAGUAUCUUCGCCAAUAUCACCAAUCCACAAGUCUUUAGCUGGAGUGAUGAUCUUUUGCCAGCUCUACGCAAAUGCGGACUUGUCUUUGACGAAGUUGAGCCAAAGGAGUGGAUUAAAAGAUUACGAGGGUCAAAUCCGGAUCCAAUCGCCAAUCCGCCCAUCAAAUUGACAGACUUCUUCGCAUCCAAAUAUGAUAAGGAUUCAUUUAGCCCGUCGAAAACGUUUGCCACUGAUGUCGCGAGAUCCUUGUCGCCAGCUUUGAACAAAGUCCCCAAUCUGCUGGAUGACCAUGUCGCAACGUUCAUCGGUUACCUAACCGAAAGGGCAUGGAAGAAAUCGGCAUCUCCCUCCGGUGUUGAGAAAUUGGCAAUCGUCAUGAUCGGACCUUGCGGAACGGGCAAAUCUACAAUCGGAAAGCAGAUAUCACAAACCCUCGAUGUUCCAUUCAUCGAGGGCGAUGAAUUGCACUCUCGCCAGGCUGUUGAGAAAAUGCGGUCCGGAGUGAGCCUCGCCGAUGAGGACCGCAUAUCGUGGCUAGAUCGAAUCAAUCAACGUGCAACGGGUACGCUUGUCGACCUUGCUUACGGUUCAGUAGUCAUCAGCUGCUCUGCACUAAAGGAAGUUUAUCGUGACCAGAUUCGUCACCAUAUGACUGCGCACAAGGUGAAAGUUGUUUUUAUCAGCCUAGAGGCCGACAGAGAAAUUCUUGUCAGACGAUUGCAAGAGCGCAAGGGGCAUUAUAUGGGUGAAGCAUUGGUCGACAGCCAGAUUGACUUAUAUGAGCCUCCUAGCAGUAAAGAAUAUGACAUUGUAUCCGUAGAUGCAGGAAACGAUGAGGAGACGGUAUUGGAUACGGUUCAUUGGCUACUAGAAGAUGCCGUUAAAUGGCUCUAAGGGCGUCUAUGGCGAAGCUGUUAGGUGGAACAAUGAAUCAAUGUACAAUUAUCCUCUUAUUGGUAGUCUUUUAGUUUCAACUUCGCAUGUGGACUUAGUUGUGAAAUGGAUCUUGAUUUGAUGCAAUAUAUGAUAUAUAGAG